GUUGAUCGCAAACAAUAAUACCAAACUGAUCGAUUUGCAUUACGUGUAUGAAAAACCAUUCACCGGAUCAAGUGAGCAAUUGUGAUCGGUGGUUAUUAGACACAAUUUUGACAGCCUUUUGUUUUCGUGAAAUUGUUAAAUGUAUUCGUCUCGUCGUAGUUAUGAACAUAAUUUGCCGUCAACAGCGGUGCUUCUGUUGCCGUCAGGAUGACUGACAAUAUCCAGAUCGAGGUCACCGGAAGUCUUGACCCCGGCGAGGACUUUAUCAUCGAAACAGACGACAUUCCACAACUGCCUUCCAAGUCACCAUGGCGACAGGACGGAGGUGGAGGGGACUCAGAAUACAAGCACCUCACCAGACACCAGUCCGAGGUUUUCACCAAACGAGAGGUCGCGCGCACCCUGAGCGUUCCCACGAAAAUUCCGACGGCUGCAAGUACAACCAGAACAUCCAUAUCCAGACACGGCUCUAAGGUACAGGAGUCCCAACGAGAGGUCCAAACCGAGGUCCAGCAGGACGACUUAAUGCGAAGUAUACUUCAAAGCGACGAAGUUAGACAAGAAUACAGACGCAUACGAGAAUUAUCAAAGGAUAUACUCAACAAGCAUGCAUUCACAACGAGCUCCUACAAGAUGCCCAAAUAUACAAAGUCGUAUAAGAAUGCACUGCACUGCCUUGAGGACGCAAAAGCUCUAUUCAUUCAAGGGUCAAUCGGAAGAGGAAAAACUCAUUUAGCACGUGAUGUAAUGCUUACCCUCCUUUCAGAACAUCCAACAUUUGAACCACUAAUGCUACCAUCCCCGUGUUCUCUAGAACUGUUACGCUUUUCUCCGACAUGUGCAAUUGUUUUGAUAGACGAAUGUUUCGGUACCGAAGGUUCAGCGGCUAAAUAUCUCAAUGAAGUGAAAAAGAUGAUGCAUACGCUGCAGACUAAGUUUGAUAAAGCACAGCUUAUUUUAAUUUUAACUUCGAGAAACGAACGAAUGAAUGAACUCGAUGACUCGAAUCUAACGUUUAUUGAUGAUUUAAAAUGCAAACGUAUUGAUAUUGAUGACGUUGAAAAUGCAUUUUCUGAUCAGGAAAUGCAUACAAUACUGGCUGGCUGGAGUAAAAGAUACCAGUUAGAUAUACACAAUUCUGUAACUGAAAUGCAGCAAAUGGUCGCCAAAUUUAAAGACAAUUGUGACAUGCAUGGAAUUGGUUUCCCUGAAGUUUGUCAACUGAUAGGCCUAUCAACAGUACAGACAUUAACGGUUUUCGAAGAUCCUGUAGGUGCAAUAGAAACAUAUGUAGAACAUUUGAUUCAGAAGGAGCCGCACUACGUUGCAUGUCUCGCACAGGUGGUGCUUUCUGAAGGUUUGUCUAAAGCUGAGGCGUCUGAAGAUUAUUUGAAAAGAAUCAUUGAUCUCUUGUCAUUGCCAAACAUUUCCAUAAAGGAUACACUUAAUUGUUUACUUCAUUUGCAAAAGCAAGGUGUUGUUUGUGAACAAGGAGAGAAGUACUUUGUUAGCUCGCGUUCGCUCUAUUGUGUGUUACUGAAUCGUCUCGCUUCCAAAGACAUCGAAAAAUGUUUGAGAUAUUUACCAAUUCGGGCUUUAAACGCUAUAAACUUUGAAGGUAAUGAAUCUAGUGCUCGAGAUGUUAUUGAACAUCGAAAUUACUCAUACACGUUAGAUUUGAAAACUGUAAGUGGACUUAUUUCUCGUUUUAGCAAUGCUAUGGAAACGAAAAAGUCUCAAGAGUUCCACGAAACAGCGUCAUCCAAGCUUUGGCUGGACGCGGAUUUCAUAGACAAUAUGUUCCGAGUGUAUGGCUAUCAUUUCUUCUUCAGCUGCGACGAAGCAGGGGUUCCAUUUUCCGCCUAUUUAGUUCGAACUGGCAACACGAAAGCAUUAAAUGUGCUUGUACGAAAUAUUGAGCAAAUACAAAAAAAUAAUUUUUCGUCAGUGUCAGACAAUCUUGAAAAAAUCAAACUCGAAGCAUGCGCUGUUGACAACGAGGACGUCAUAGUCUCAUUAUUUAGCCUUGCACCUGCGAUAACACCUCAAAUGGUGCAUGCUGCUAUCAACAACAGCCUCAUAGACUUAACUAUCCAGCUUGUUCAGUCAGCUUUGGAUUCAGAUAUGGAUAUAAUUGAUUCAGAAUUGAUACGGCUCUCUUGUGAAAAAGGGUCAUUUGAAACUGUUUCAUUUUUGUUCAGCAAAAUGAAUCAAAAGAGACUUGGUACAGAGACUAGAAAAAGAGACAGUCGAGGAUUAUCUUUGCUUCAUAACGCUGUGAUUAGCGGGAGCAUUGAAAUAUAUGACCUACUAAUAAAACAAGGCCUAGAUCCUUCAGCAAAAGCUCGAAAUGGUUUCACUGUUUUGCAUUUCAGUGCCAUGUACGGAAAUCUUAAGAUUAUGAAACAUAUAUGUGCACAUAAUCCGAAUUUGAUAAAUGAAAUAGAUGCAAACGAAAUGCACUGCGCUCAUGUGGCAGCAAGAGAAGGACAACACCAAGUAUUUAAGUUUCUGCUGGAAACCGGUGUUCGAACGGAUUUGCAAGCCAAGGGACAAAAUACAUUUUUACACAUUGCAGCUUUUAAUGGAUGGACAGAAAUUAUACGCGUGAUCAAUGCGAAAAGCACACAGCUGCUGAACCAAACAAAUCUGAAAUCAUUCACACCAGCGCACCUGGCGGCCAAAUCAGGCCACGUGGACGCGUUACUCUAUCUUUUAGAGAUAGGAGAAGAUUAUUUGGCCACGACAAUUGAUAAGAGAACAUACGUUCACCUUGCUGCUUUCUCCGGAACAAGAGAAAUGCUAACUGUUUUAUGUAGAAAAUACCCUGACCUCAUAUCAAAAAGUGACGUUGAUGGAAACACUCCUCUUCAUGACGCGGCGGCAGGUGGAAACGUCGAGAUCUUCAAUGAUCUGAUUCAGUAUGGCUUAAGCCCGUUUACAACCAACGCCGAUGGAGCAACUGUACUCCACGAUGCAUGCUUUUAUGGUAAACUCGAAAUGGUAAAGUUCAUAUGUUUAAACUAUUCGGAUCUGAUUAAUGUGAGAACGGAUAUCGGUUUGACGCCUGUAUUUGGGGCAGCACUCGGUGGUUACCUUGAUAUUAUGAAAUACAUGUUAGAGCGAGGGGCAGAACUAGAAAUUUUGUCCAAGGAAAACAGUUCGCUGUUGCACGAAGCUGCAUUUACCGGCAAGUUGGAGAUGGUGCAGUUUUUGGCACAAAAAUUUCCAAACAUGGUAAACAGACGAAACUUGCGUUCAUUCAUGCCAUGUCAUUUUGCAGCUCAAGAGGGGCAUUUGGAGGUUUUGCUUUACCUUCUUCCAAAACAACCGUCCGAUUUCCCAGUUACUAAGGAAAAACAAACGAUUAUGCACAUUGCGGCUUAUAACAAAAUGCUUCCCAUCGUUAAAUAUAUUUGUCAGAAAUUCCCAUCACUAAUGCAAUUGGCAGAUUCCGACGGAGCAAAUCCUCUACAUUAUGCCGCCCGAGGUGGGUCAACGGAAGUGUUCGAUUAUUUGAUAGAAAAAGGUCUUGAUCCAGAAAGCAAGACACACGCAGAAAGUACCGUGCUUCAUUUGGCCGCAUAUGACGGCAAUCAUGCAAUGGUAAUUCACAUAUGUGAGAAAUUUUCAAAGCUUGUUCAUACCCUUGACUCCACGGGCCACAGCCCUGCACACUACGCUGCAGGCAGUGGCGAACUACCGCUGUUAUUGAACAUUUUAGAGUACGGCGUAGACCCAAGACAAAAAGCAGGAAACGGUGCAACACUUUUGAUGAAAGCGGCCUGGAAUGGGAAACCAGAAAUGGUCCAGUACUUAUGCACAUCAUAUCCUGAUUUGAAAGAAAAGAAGGACGUUUUGGGGUGCGAUUGCCUUCACUAUGCUGCCUGUGGUGGACAUGUUCACGUCAUCCAGUAUCUGAUCGAAGAAGGACUGGAUCCGUUUUCAACAUCGACGGAAGGGCAUACAAUUUUGCAAGUGGCCGUUUACCACGGCAAGAUGAAAACUGUAAAGUUUCUGUCCAAAAGAUUCCCUCAGUUGUUAUACAAGGAAGACCAAAACGGCAAAAAUGCUUUAGACUAUGCAAAACAGGUAGAGAAUAUUGGAAUGAUUCAGCUCCUUAAUGCUUUAUCUAAGAAGGCACCUGGUAAUUCUGAUUUGAUUUCUGAAGUAUUUUGCUGCCAGGGACGCGACUCGUGUUGCAAUUGGUUGACGACUAUUUUUUGUUUUUGUCGGAAGUAGAUAAUUAUGGAAAAAUGUCUGGAAAAAGAUUGUCAAAUUGAACGUCUUGUAAUUAAAUUGAUGCUGAAAAACACAAUUAAGUCACAAAACGACUUUGAAAUGAGUUUUUAAAAUACUUGCCCUGAAAAAAAGAUUUUAAAUGUAAUUGAAUGCCUCACGCUAAUUUAUGUUUACGUUUUAACGUAAGAAUGCAAAAAAUAUAAUUCACUGUUUAAAACACCUCCGAGUCAAAUACUUGAUUUACAAAGUUUUAAUACAAAACAUCGUUUGUGUGCAGUUGUUUGUGUUAGUCAAACGUUGUUUCAUUCUAGCCCAAUAUUUGAGACAUUGUAUAUAUUUGUAGUUAGUGCAUCUAUAUUACUUCUAUUGUAUCAUUAAGGAUUUAACGUGUGAUUCAUUUAUCGUAUAUGGAUGUUUAAUUGUGAAUAUUCUUAAUUCAAUUUGAGGCGUUUACAUAUACUAUAUUUUCCUACGUUACAUAUAAAGUUGGUAUCUGAUGAUGUAUCUUGUUGAAGCAAGAGUGAAAAUAUGAAUCGCUUAUACGGGAUAAUCGACUAAGUUUGUACAUGACAGAACUAACACAUAUAUUAUAUUUUGUGGAAUUAUAUUUGCAUGAAUGAAUUAAAUAUAAAAAAAAUCCGUCCAAACA